GGCGCGGGGAGCGGGACGGCCCGGGGCACGGCGGCUGCAGCGGGAGCACACUGAGCGCCCGCCGGCCAUGUCCAGGAAGAAGACCCCCAAGAACAAAGGGGCCAGCACCCCCGCUGCCUCCACGCUGCCCACCGCCAACGGGGCCCGACCGGCGCACUCCGGGACUGCGCGUUCCGGCCCCGACGCGCCGCCCAACGGGCCCUUGCAGCCCGGCCGGCCCUCGCUUGGCGGCGGUGGCGACUUCUACGACGUCGCCUUCAAGGUCAUGCUGGUGGGGGACUCGGGCGUGGGGAAGACCUGUCUGCUGGUGCGAUUCAAGGACGGCGCUUUCCUGGCAGGGACCUUCAUCUCCACCGUAGGCAUUGACUUCCGGAACAAAGUUCUGGACGUAGAUGGCGUGAAGGUGAAGCUGCAGAUGUGGGACACAGCCGGUCAGGAGCGGUUCCGCAGUGUUACCCACGCCUACUACCGGGAUGCUCAUGCUCUGCUGCUGCUCUACGACGUCACCAACAAAGCCUCCUUUGACAACAUCCAGGCCUGGCUGACCGAGAUCCAUGAGUACGCCCAGCACGACGUGGCGCUCAUGCUGCUGGGGAACAAGGUGGACUCUGCCCAUGAGCGUGUGGUGAAGAGGGAGGACGGGGAGAAGCUGGCCAAGCUGUUUACAGGAGUAUGGACUGCCCUUCAUGGAGACCAGCGCCAAGACGGGCCUCAACGUGGACUUGGCCUUCACAGCCAUAGCAAAGGAGUUGAAGCAGCGCUCCAUGAAGGCUCCCAGCGAGCCACGCUUCCGGCUGCACGAUUACGUUAAGAGGGAGGGUCGCAGGGCCUCCUGCUGCCGCCCUUGAACCUUGCUGAGCUCAGUCCUCUGGAGGAAGCCGCCCAGCCCCUAGAAGGCUGGACAGAGGGUCUCCAGGCCCUUCUGACUUUGUUGCCCAGUGGCCAACGCCUGAGUGUCUGUUUUUAGGAGCCCCAGGUCAAGCCUUGUCCCUUCCUCCUCCCAGCAACAGUCCCAACAAGCAGGCUUCUGAGAGCCCGUGGCCGCACACUGGCCGCCGCGGAAAAGCAGCCUUCUGCACGGGAGGGGGAGCGGCAAGUGGACAGACUUUGCCACGGUGCUCUGCUGCCCCCUCCUGGGCACGCCCAGGUGAGGGAGGGCUGGGGCUGGCACCAGGCACAGUGCCUAACCCUAGAAAAGCCAUGUCUUCAGCCACACAUGCUGCUCAGGCAGCGAAGGGAGGACGCCUGCUCCCGGCCCACCCUCUAGGAGGCUCUGGCUCAAACAGCAAUAGGGUCUUCCUCAGUGACCUUGGAGGAUGCCUGUGGCCUUGUGAUAAAAUGUGAGAAAUCACAGAAACACCAGAAACAACAACUGCCAGCCUGGCCUGGCCACAGCUGAGGUCUGUAAUUUCCGAGCACGCUCCACCUUGCACUCAACUUGGCCUUUUGAUUGCAAGCCUUUGUUUUCAGUCCUAGUGAAUAAAGUUGUGUUUUCUGGAGCCUCUGUCU